GAUAGACUUUUGUAUAUCGAUACAUAUAAAUGUGGCAUCUUUAAAAAUUACUAUUAGUAAAUACAAUUGGCGCUUUUUUAAUCCUCCAAAAUAUUAGCCUUUUAAAAAAAUGGAAGACGAGGAGAAGCUUGCUCAAUGUCGAAAUGCAAUUUUGGUAUUUGCAAUCAACAAUAUUGAAAAUAAUCUCCCUAUAAAGGAAGAAGAAAUGCGUGAAAUACUUGGCAAAGACAAAGCACUCCUCAAGGAAUGUCUACCAAGUGUAAUUCAAACAUUGAAAAAGAUUUAUGGAAUAGUUUUACAGCGUGUACCUGAAACUAGAAAAUAUAUUUGCUAUUCGGAGUUAAGUGCAUCCUCCACAGCAGAGUAUGAUUUGGAACAGAUCCGCCAUUUAACAUUAUUAUUUAUUAUACUGUCUUAUCUGUUAAUGAAAGAUUGCCGUGUGGAUGAAGAGCAACUAUUUAAUUUCCUCAAAGGCCUACGGAUAGAUAUCGACGAGGAGCAUACAUACUUUACAGGAAAUCUGAGAAAGCUUAUUUGUGAAACAUUUGUAAAGCAAUUAUAUUUGAAGCGAGAAAAAUCCGAUUCAGAAACAGACAUGGAAACAAGGUAUUUGUUCUCGUGGGGUUAUCGCGCUACUAUGGAAUUUCCACCAAAAGAUGUUUUACAACAAACUGCGGGGAUUCUUGGCAAGGAAGCCAGGGAUUUCGUCUCUGUAUACAACAAAUAUUAUUCAAAUGAUAAUAAUGAAGAACCAAUGGCUGUGGACUAAAUGAAUUAAUAAAAAUCAUAUCAUUCUUGUUAUAGCUGUACCCAUUAAACAUUUUUUACUAACCAUGUAUGUAUGUCAACAUUUCUUAACUAGCUCUAGUUUCUUUCAUAUUUCUAAAAUUACAAUUUAACUUAUUUUACAGUAUUUUUAAAGUUUAUACUUAUAUUCAUUGUAUAGUAUAGUUAUAAUAUAAAAAACUAGGUUAUUCUAAAUA